AUGAGUCAAGAAACAAACGGUACAUUGAUUUUAAAUGGAAAAGAAUACGGUGUUUCGUUCCCUGUAAUUAACUUUCGCGACGAACAACGUGGAAUGAGUUUUCAUACUCCAGACCGCUCGAAACAUUGGGGCGAACGAUCUGAUCCAACAGGAAAAUCAAUUGAAUGCAUAAUUUUGCAUUGGGAUGUUGCUAAAUCGUCUAAAGACUGUUUUCAAGCUUUAGUUGAUCGAGGAUUAUCUAUUCAUUUAAUGAUUGAUUAUGAUGGAACAGUUUAUCAAUCUUUGGAUCUCGCCAAGAGAGCAUGGCACGCAGGCUCGGACAAUGAUCAUUCUGUUGGAAUUGAGAUUAAUAAUCCUUAUGACGUUAAACAUUAUGAUCCUAAUUGGCCUCGAGAAAUUGUCAACUCAAGAACUCCCAAUAAACAAGGAAAGUUUCACAAACAUCUAGAUUUUAGACCAGAACAAAAAACAAGAGUCGUGGAGGUUGUGGAAGCUUUGUGUUCUAUUUUAGAUGUACCUAGGAAAUUACCUCCCUUAGACUCUGAAGGAAAAGUUGUCGCUAGGACACUUCAAAAAAAUGAAAUUAAUGGAGUUCUUGGCCACUUUCAUACUUCAAGUGUAAAAAUUGAUCCGGGUGACACUUUAUGGCCAAUGUUACAGGAAUCUUUUUCCAACCCUUUUUAA